AAGAAGUAUGCAUACUUGAUCUUCAUGACGCAAACCCUGAAUGCAAGCGACGAUCUAGAAAGGGACAAUUACUUUAUCACCGCCCGGAUCCUUAUGUGGCAGCUAGUGCACAAUCCGAGCACGCGAACAAAGCAUGAUGUGAUUGUCAUGGUUACACCCAAUGUGUCGCAGUCGAGACGGGGCCGGCUCAAAAGAGAUGGCGCAAUUGUGCACGCGGUCAACUUUCUCCAUACACCAAAUGGCGGAUGGCUGAAGCCCUCAGUGCAUCGCUGGGACGACGUCGUGACUAAAAUGCGUGCGUGGGAACUGGUGCAAUACGACAGAAUCCUCAUGCUUGACGCCGACUCGAUGCUGUUGAAGACGCUGGAUCUAGUGUUUGACGAUCCGGCCGUUCAUCUGCUUGCUACCAAACCCUCAAACACGACGACAAACACGACGUUGCCCUCAACCUACCUUGUCGCUUCCAAUUCCGAAGCGUGGGACUCGACCCAUUCGUUUCCUCUAACCUAUGGUACGGGCCUGAAGAAGUCAGGACAGAUGAACGCGGGCUUCGUCAUACUGGCACCUUCACUCACUGCCUUUGAGUACUACAAGUCGCUUAUGAAUACACCUUAUUCAUUUGACCCAAAAUAUCCCGAGCAAAACCUCAUCAACUAUGCGCAUCAAUGGGACGGCCCCAUGCCCUGGCGCGAACUGGCCUACACGUGGAACAUCCGCUGUCCGAAUGACCAGGAUGUUGAAAAGGGUCUGUACAGUGUGCAUGAAAAGUGGUGGGAGCAUCCAUACCUCUACGCGAAUGAGAAGACAAAGCAGUGGAUGUUGUCAAGAAGAUGGGAGAUGAAAGGAUGGUAUCACGCGUGGGACAAAGCGCAUGAGGAAGGGGAAUAG